UGGUAUAUUGUGGGAUUGCUAGCUUGUCCUUGAUCUCCUUAUGCGAUUUGUAACUUGCUGAAAUUGUCCGCUAACAAAUAUAUUUUACACUCGUCAGCGGCAUUAACGUCUUGAUAGACAGCCAUAACAGUUAGCAUUAGCUAGCCAAGUAUUUGUGCCUUGAUUGGCGCUUUAGCUAUAUUUUACUUUAGUGUUUGAUGUCAAGUCAGCUAGCUAGUAUCGAUUACGAACAAGUAACGUUAGCUUGCUUGCCUCAAACCACAGGUAGCUAGCUAAAUAGCUAACGUUAGUCAUGUAACAGUUAGCAAACUCGACUUGCUAACUCUGGCUAGCCACACAGCUGGAUAUUUCCGUACAAUGUGAGUUGGUGCUCGCCUUGCGCAUCAGCUAGUGUUUCUUUACAAUCCGAAGAUGUACACCUUAUUAUCUGGUCUGUACAAAUACGUGUUCCAGAAGGACGAAUACUGCAUCUUGAUCCUAGGACUGGACAAUGCAGGAAAAACGGUUAGUCUUUCAGUGGAAGAGCAAGUUUAUAUUACUGUUUGUUGUCCUUGUUUGUCUCUUUUGGAGAAAGUGUUGAUGCUUGUUUGAUUAGUCAUGUAUUUUCUACACACACAGACCUUUCUGGAACAGACCAAGACCAAGUUCAGUAAGAACUACAAGGGAAUGAAUUUGUCCAAAAUCACCACUACAGUUGGGCUAAACAGUAAGUAGCCAACCAACAAGACCGACAUUGUUGUGUUGCAUUCAAUUGUAGCACAUUGCUUUCCAGGAGUCCACUCCAUUGUAAUAUGUUCUGCUACUCUCUCCUCACAAGUCGGCACAAUCGAUGUGGGCAAGGCUCGUCUAAUGUUCUGGGACCUUGGUGGUCAAGAGGAGCUUCAGUCGCUGUGGGACAAAGUGAACACAUCAAAUUACACACACUCAAAUAAAUUAUAGCUAGCUUGAUGUAAUAUGCGUCUUUAUCUGUAAGCUGAGUACAAUGAUUUGAGGUUGAUUGCUGAAACAUGGCUUUGUUAACUUUGUGAAUCCACAGUACUAUGCUGAGUCCCAUGGAGUGAUCUAUGUGAUAGACUCUACCGAUGAGGAGCGCCUAUCAGAAUCAAAAGAGGCAUUUGGUGAGUUUCUCACUAGGUUGCCUAAGGCAUUCGGCGAAGAAUGUCAGCAAGGCUCAUAGACUUAUCUUUGUCAUGGGCUACAUUCCGAUUCACUUCCUGAAGUGUACUCUUGUUCACUCCAUAUCAUAGAUAUCAAAGGAAUCGACAGGUGUGAGAAUAUGGUGGAAACUCCUUAGCCCCUGCUUACACCAAUCAAAUUACUUUAAAGGGAUAGAUACACAUAGGUCCUGUGUAGCUCAGUUGGUAGAGCAUGGCGUUUGCAACGCCAGGGUUGUGGGUUCGUUUCCCAUGGGGGGCCAGUAUGGAAAAAAAACAUGUAUGCACUCACUAACUGUAAGUCGCUCUGGAUAAGAGCGUCUGCUAAAUGACAAAAAUGUAAAAUAGUUCACUCAAACGAUCUUUUAGUAUUUUGUUUAUUAGUUCACUGUUAGUACAAUCCCAAUGCAACGACCCAAAUUGUGCAUGUCAGCAGUCUUAAGUUUUCAAGAUAGAGCGCUUUCAGUACAGAGCAAAAACUGUGAUGAUUAAUUUUGCAUCAUAUCAGAGGCAGUCAGCAGAUCCACUCUUCUAAGAGAAGGGUGGAGAAUUUAACCUUAGCUUGGACUGACAGUUCUGUUUUCCUUUUCCAGACAAAAUGAUCAGCAGUGAGGUUUUGGAAGGUGUGCCUCUCCUGGUGCUCGCCAACAAGCAGGAUGUGGAGGUAUACAGUCCUGUCUGUGGUUGUUUUGAAAUCACGAGUAGCCCUGUCUAAACUGACCACGCCUUGUAUAAACAAAAUAUGACAAGGCCUGUUGAAUAAGUUGUUUUGCCACUAUGAUCACAACAAAGUAGUCCUCCAUCCCUCAUGCACACCUUGGUAGAUGACAAAAACAGUGUUUAACAUACUAUACAUUGCCAAGCUCAGCAUAAUACAGCACUUUUGACCUCUUUGAAAUUCAGCAUGGCAGUUAGAGAUGCAAGCCAGCAAUGGGAGGGUUGCCAGUUUGAAUCCCAGGUCUGACAGGAAAAAUCUGUCGGGAAGUGAGCCGGCAACCGGAGGGUUGCUGGUAUCAAAUCCUGGAUGCCCUUGAGCAAGGCACUUAACCUACCACAACAACAGCUCCCCGGCCACCCGCACCUUCCAAAAACCUGUAUCUGUAUGUAUGCUUGUCUUUUCAGUGGGGUUGGGUUAAAAGUGGAAGUCAAAUUUAAGUUGGACCUUGUGUGCAUUUGACCAAUAAAGUGAUCUUAAUCUAAAUCAAUGUGAUUGGUGUACAGAUAGAAUUCACCUAUCUCUUAGAAGAUCCUCUAGGAUUAUAUUAAUUUAGGCAUAUGUCUUUGUGUUUCUUCCCUAGAACUGUAUGUCUGUGCCAGACAUCAAAACCGCUUUUAGUGACUGCGCUCCAAAGAUUGGGAAAAGAGAUUGUCUGGUGCAGCCUUGCACAGCCCUAACAGGGUAAGAACAGAGUCCGCUUUACUCUCUGUUGUACAUUGGGCAUGAUUGAAAAAUGUAUGCACUCACUAAAACUGUAAGUCGCUCUGGAUAAGAGCGUCUGCUGAAUGACUAAAAUGUAAAAUGAUUGAGAACACCAUUAGGCGUGUGUGUCUGUGCACAUGCGUGUGUGUCCGUGUCCAUGUGUGUGUCCGCAGGGUUGGGUAGGUUACUUUCUAAAUGUAAUCCGUUAGUUACAAGUUACCUGUCAAAUUCUAAUUAGUAACUUUGGAUUACCCAAACUCAGUAACAUAAUGGUAUUACUUUCAGUUACUUUUGGAUUACUUUCCCCUUAAGCGGCAUUAGAAGAAGACAACAAGCAUCCCCGCAAACAUCCUUUCUGAAUUUAAAAGUAAUCAUCUAGUUUUUCAUAAGUAAACCAAAAGUAACUGGGGCGGCAGGUAGCUUAGUGGUUAAGAGCGUUGUGCCAGUAACCGAAAGGUCGCUGGUUCUAAUCCCCGAGCCGACUAGGUGAAAAAUCUGUCGAUGUGCCCUUGAGCAAGGCACUUAACCCUAAUUGCUCCUGUAUAUCGCUCUGGAUAAGAGCGUCUGCUAAAUGAAUAAAAUGUAAUAAGUAUCUGUAAUCUGAUUACAAUAUUUUUGCUGGUAACGUAACUGAUUAAUUCGUUUUUUAAAUAUUCAGAUUACAUGUAAUCGGUUAUUCCCCAACCCUCUGUGUGUGUGUGUGUGUGUGUGUGUGUGUGUGUGUGUGUGUGUGUGUGUGUGUGUGCACAAAUGAACUGUAUAUCAUCAUUGCUCAAAGAACAGCUGUACUCUUUGCUGAUAAUGAAUUCUCUCUCAGACAGGGGGUUAAUGAGGGCAUGAAUUCUCUCUCAGACAGGGGGUUAAUGAGGGCAUGAAUUCUCUCUCAGACGGGGUUAAUGAAGGCAUGAAUUCUCUCUCAGACAGGGGGUUAAUGAAGGCAUGAAUUCUCUCUCAGGCAGGGGGUUAAUGAAGGCAUGAAUUCUCUCUCAGGCAGGGGGUUAAUGAGGGCAUGACUUCUCUCUCAGAGGGUUAAUGAAGGCUUGAAUUCUCUCUCAGACAGAGGGUUAAUGAAGGCUUGAAUUCUCUCUCACACAGAGGGGUUAACUAAGGCAUGAAUUCUCUCUCAGGCAGGGGGUUAACGAAGGCAUUGAGUGGAUGGUGAAGUGCGUCAUCAGAAACAUUCACCGGACACCGAGACAGAAGGACAUCACAUAG